UCUCUCUCUCGCCCUCUCUUGAGUCAGAGACUUAAAAAAAAAAAAGGAAAAAGAAAAACUCUUCAUAUUCCUUAUCCUACGCCACGAUCACCCAAUGGCGGCGCAGGUUAGCAACAGCGACCUCCCCUGCGACGGCGACGGCGUUUGCAUGGUGUGCAAGGUGAAGCCGUCUUCCAUGGCCAACGAGACUCUCACCUGCAACACCUGCGCCACCCCCUGGCACGUCCCUUGCCUUUCUCGUCCCCCGGAAUCCAUGGGCGACGCUGUGAAGUGGACCUGCCCUGACUGCUCCUCUCUCUACUCUCUUCCUUCCUCCGCCGCAGUAACCGCUGACCAGUCGACUUCCGACUUGAUCGCCGCCAUCCGCGCGAUCGAGUCCGACUCCUCCCUCACUGAGCGCCAGAAGGCCGAGCGACGCCAGGAGCUCAUGUGCAAGUGCGACCGCGACGGCGAUGGUGACGCUAAGCCUCCUUCUUCCGAUGGCAGUGGUGGUUCCGAUGCCAAUGCCGGUAACGAGCUCCUCGAUCUUCUCGGCGGCAAUCUCAACUGCUCGAUUUGCAUGCAGCUUCCGGAGAGGCCUGUUACGACACCUUGUGGGCACAACUUCUGCCUCAAGUGCUUCGAGAAAUGGGUUGGGCAGGGGAAGCACACAUGCGCAAAUUGCCGCAACUCAAUUCCACCAAGGGUGAUGCGCAAUCCUCGCAUCAACUCGGCACUUGUCAUGGCCAUCCGAAUGGCUAAGAUCUCCAAAUCCAACGCCCAGGUGGGACAACCCAAAGUUUAUCAUUUUGUUCACAACCAGAACCGCCCAGACAAAUGCUUCACGACCGAGCGUGCAAAAAAGUCCGGAAAGGCCAAUGCUUGCUCUGGAAAGAUCUUUGUCACAGUCGCUCCUGAUCACUUUGGCCCCAUUCUUGCUGAAAAUGAUCCAACAAGAAAUCAGGGAGUGUUGGUUGGGGAAUCAUGGGAAGAUAGGAUGGAAUGCAGACAAUGGGGGACCCAUUUUCCUCAUGUUUCUGGGAUUGCUGGCCAGUCAGGUUAUGGUGCCCAAUCAGUGACACUUUCUGGAGGUUAUGAAGAUGAUGAGGAUCACGGCGAGUGGUUCCUUUAUACUGGCAGCGGUGGGAGAGACCUCAGUGGCAAUAAACGCACAAAUGCUACACAUUCUUUUGACCAGAAGUUUGAAAAGUUGAAUGAAGCAUUGCGUGUUAGUUGCCGGAAAGGUUACCCUGUUCGAGUUGUCAGGUCUCACAAGGAGAAGCGCUCAGCUUAUGCCCCAGAAACUGGAGUCCGUUAUGACGGAGUUUACAGAAUUGAGAAAUGCUGGCGCAAAAAUGGAAAUCAAGGUUAUAAGGUUUGCAGGUAUCUUUUUGUUAGAUGUGACAAUGAGCCAGCUCCAUGGACAAGCAAUGAGCACGGGGAUCUUCCCAGGCCAUUGCCAGCUAUUCCGGAGUUGAAUAGAGCAGUUGAUCUGACUGAGAGAAAGGAAUCUCCUGCCUGGGACUAUGAUGAGGAAAAGGGUCGUUGGUUGUGGAAGAAGCCUCCACCCCCCAGCAAAAAACGGGUGAAUACUGAUGAUUUGGUGAAUGUUGGAGAGGAAAGGAGGAAAUUCAAACGUUGCAAACAGAAUAAUACCGUCAGAGAACGGCUCUUAAAAGAGUUUAGCUGUAAUAUUUGUCGGAAGGUGAUGACUCUUCCAAUUACAACCCCAUGUGCUCAUAACUUCUGCAAAGCUUGUCUAGAGGGUGCAUUUGCUGGUCAAACUCUUUUGAGACACAGGAAUUGUGAAGGCAGAAGAACCUUGCGAACCCAGAAGAAUGUUAUGAAAUGUCCGCACACAUCCUGCACAAACGACAUAGCUGAGUUUCUUCAGAAUCCUCAGGUUAAUAGAGAAUUGACGAGUAUCAUUGAAUCACUCAAGCAAAAGGAAAUGGAGUCUGAAGAGAAUGGCGAGACUUCAAAGCCUGGAAUGAGUGAUGAUGAUGAAGCAAGUUGUACUGAAAAUAGGGAGGAGGAAGCCAAAGAGAACAACACUGUGGAUUCUGACACUACUGUUAAUUCCAAUUCUGACACUAAAUUGGAUGUCAAGGCAUCCGUUGAUCUGCAGAAUGGCACCAAAUCUAACGGUGACAAAACAGGGAAUUCUGUGAAACCUCAAUGCAGGUCCAAACUCAGAUGACAAGGUAUCGCUUGAGCAGCAUAAUGGUUCUAAAGAUGAGAACACAGACAGUACUAUGAAGCCUGAAGAAAACCCAAAAGAGCGCAAAGUUAAACAGACUCAGCAAGUUUUAGAACAUUUGCAAAACUGUCUUCUAUAUAUUUUCUUAGUUUCCUCUUUUUGAUUGGAACGGCCAGGUGCUGGAGUUUGCAGCCAAAGAACAUUGUUUUGUGAUUUAGAUAGUGGGGAAAAACUUCGAUGCAUUUUGGAAAAAGCGAUGAUGCUUUUUUAUUAUUAUUAUUAUUAUUUGGUGAUGAAAUAUUGCACAACGAAAAUUUCAUCUAGCUACUUCA